CAGCCAUCACACGGGUGAAACAGGGUGACACCACACGUGUGAAUGAUGUGGAUUUGUUAAAGAAGGGAAAGAAUAAGAAAUAUUCAUAGAAAAAGAAAGUUGUCUUGGCUUCCUGUGAAGUCCCAAAGCUCAUCAAAUGGCUUCAACAAUUACUCCUCCAUUUCCUCUCUCCCCCUUCUUCAAUGGGAUUGUUUGCUGAUACUGGUUCUCUCUCCCACUCUAAGGGCUCUGAUUCCAACGAGGAGUUUGGAGAAAACAAUGCCGCCAUGGAAGACAGCUACAACAACCACAACUACAUAAAUGAGGAGAACCCAAAUGUGAAUUCAGUGAAUGGGAAGGAAAUAGAUAAUGGGCAGUCAAAGCUUUGUGCCAGAGGGCAUUGGAGGCCUGCAGAAGAUACUAAACUCAAGGAACUUGUUGCUCUUUAUGGUCCUCAGAACUGGAACCUAAUUGCAGAGAAGUUGGAAGGAAGGUCAGGUAAGAGUUGUAGAUUGAGAUGGUUCAAUCAGUUGGACCCAAGGAUUAACAGAAGAGCUUUCAGUGAAGAAGAAGAAGAGAGGCUAAUGGCUGCUCAUAGAUUAUAUGGGAAUAAAUGGGCUAUGAUUGCUAGGCUAUUUCCUGGUAGGACUGAUAAUGCAGUCAAGAACCAUUGGCAUGUUAUAAUGGCAAGGAAAUACAGAGAACAGUCCAGUGCAUAUAAGAGGAAGUUGAGCCAAAAUGUUAACAGAAGGUUGGAGGAAGGUGCUAGCUGUUACUGCACUGAUGCUUCAGCCUUUACCAACCCAUCUCCUUUCCCAUUUUCUGUUCUCAUUGGUGAUGGUGGUAUCUCAAAUGCUUUACCCAAUCUGACCAUUGGUGGAGAAGAUUCAGUUCCAAUAGGUAGGAAUGUGUUUCAUAAUGGUUCCUCCAGCAGCAACAGUUUCUUGCACACUGGGUUUUCUGCAGAGCAGCUCCCUUUUGAUUUCUUCUCCGGUAUGAUUUUUAUCACUAGCAACUUUUUUCUUUAGUUUGUUAGUUUUCUGUGCAUUUUGGUUUUCCAU